AUGGCUCAGCCUAUGGAGGGUGUUGAACCUGUUGGAUCAUUCCAACAAACGGAUUUUGAAGACUUUUCACCAUUGAUAACCGAACUUGUAAAAUACGCGGAUAAAAUUGGAGAAUCUUUCGAUAACGCCGAACUUAACAAAAGAAUUUGCAGUGUAUUAUUUAAACGUGUUAAUGAUGCUGCGGGCGAAGUGAAAAUCUUACGACAACUAAAAGAUGAUUAUAGUUUGUUUUUUAAAAAACGAGAAAAUUAUCCAAAUUUUUAUGGAUUCGUUAAAACGAUUGAAAAAAUUAAGACUUUUAUCAUGGAUGUUUCUCAGUUGCAGGGCGCUCAUAAAUUCUUUGAUAAAUAUCGAAGUUCCGAAUUUUCGAUGGAUAAAAUAUUUCGUAAUCAUAUUGAUGAUUUCGAAAAGUACGCAGAUGCACUUAACAAUGCGUCCGAUGGCCGUCUCAAUUUUGGAAAAUCGAAAGACGAUCAAAAAAUCAAAGAUGAAGAAGCCAUAAGCAAGGAUAUGCAGGAUAUAGAAAAUGUAAUAUAA